GUGAAAAUUGUGAAAAAUUAAUAUGAUAAAUUUUUAAUGUCGUCGCCGGUCUCUCUCGCUCAUGUCGCGCGACAUGCUUGUCCACAAAAAGUUCAAACUAAUGAAAAAUUACCCUCUAAGUACACUAAUAAUUAUCAUUAUAUCCUUCAUUAUUAACUAUUCCCAAUAGGGAAUCUAUACUUAUAAUAUUAUCAUUAACUAUACCGACAUUUACUGUAUCGGAAUCCAAUUUACUCCAGGUUUCUAGCCCCAAUAAUCAUGUUUUUCUUAAAGGAUUUAUCAUUAAAUUUAACCUUACAUCCAUCAUACUUUGGACCACAAAUGGAUCAAUAUUUAAGAGAUAAAUUAUUAACUGAUGUAGAAGGAACAUGUACUGGACAAUUUGGAUAUAUUGUAUGUGUUUUAGAUUGUAUGAAUAUAGAUGUUGGUAAGGGAAGAAUAAUUCCUGGAUCAGGUAUGGCUGAAUUUGAAGUUAAAUAUCGAGCUGUAGUUUGGAAACCAUUUAAAGGUGAAGUUGUUGAUGGAAUAGUUACUACUAUAAAUAAAAUGGGAUUCUUUGCUGAUGUAGGACCUUUAUCAGUAUUUGUAAGUACUCAUUUAAUUCCUUCCGAUAUGAAAUUUAAUCCAUCAGCUAAUCCUCCAGCAUAUGUAAGUCCAGAAGAAAAUAUAGAAAAGGGGUCAAGAGUUCGAUUAAAAAUAGUUGGAACUAGAACUGAUGUAAAUGAAAUUUAUGCUAUAGGUAGUAUAAAGGAAGAUUAUUUAGGUCCAAGUCCAUUGUAAACGAUAUCUGUACAUUAAUAAUAUAUAAAUAUAAUAAAAGUUCUAAUAUUACAUA